AUGCUCGAUAACACGCGGGGCAGGGAGAUCCGCAGCCCUUCGCUCAAGGAGCUGCUGAGCAAGCUCCGUCAGCUGGCGUACGACGCCGACGACGUGCUGGAUGAGCUGGAGUACUUCCGCAUCCAGGACGAGCUCGACGGCACCUACCAUGCCACCGAUGCGCACGCCGGGGGUUGCGUCCACGGCCUCGCCCUCAACGCUCGACACACCGCGAGAGCUGUCGCUGCUAAGCUCAACCUCUGCUCCGGCGGCUCUGCUGGUGACGUGAUCCUUGCCGGUGAUCCUGCUCAGCAAGAUAAAAACGCGAAACAAGGAUGUCUCUCUGCUAGCGUCUGCUCAUGUGGCGGCCGGCAGACGGUCAGCUCCUUACCGCCAUCUCCUACCAACCAGGAUGAUGGCCAGGAGGCUGCACCAGCAUGUGGCAUCAGAAAUGGACGGCAAUUCUUGGGUGCUGUCUUGCCUCCUAAGGUGCAACGAUGCUUCUCGGGCGUUUGCUUGUGCCGCAAGCGUGAGACGAGCUCGUCGCCACCAGCACCCAGCAACCAGUGCGAAAAGAAGGUUGGCGGUGGAUGUGGAUGCCUGCUCAAAGUCACUUCUACUGCUCGCAGCGCUGCCCAAGUCGUUGGUAAAUGCUUUCCAUGCUGCUCUUUUCCAUCUGACAGCGACGAUAAUACUCACCCUGGCAUGUUGGAGAAAACAAACAUGCCAGAGGAUCAAAGGAGAUUUCUCUGCUGGACGUCCAAGGUACAAAAGGGAAAAAACACUGCACUACCACCAGAACUGAAGUUUAACAGGGUGAACAUCUCUACAAAGAUGAAGGACAUCAUAGAGCAUCUCAAGCCUAUAUGUGCUAAGGUCUCCAACAUUCUGAACCUAGAAUUCAUGGGUACAAACCGUAUCACUGAAAAAGACAUUGCUAAGAAACGGCCUAUAACCACCCCAGAAACUACGGAACCUCAAUUAUAUGGGAGGGAGCAACAAAAGAAAAUAAUACUUGACUUUGCCCAUGGUAACUCUUCUGCUGAUAAUGAACUAGUUGUGCUUCCGAUUGUUGGUCCUGGAGGAAUUGGGAAGACAACUUUUACACAGCACGUAUAUGAAGAACUGAAGAACAACCCUUUUGAGGUCGCAAUUUGGAUACGUGCCUCCCUCAAUUUUAAUGCUGGUAGGUUGGCCCAAGAAGCCGUGAAAAAAGUUCCUAAAGUUGUUAAUGAAAAAGAAAACAGCAGUGUCGAAGAGCUAAUCGAACAAAGAUUGAAAGCUAAGCGGUUUUUGCUUGUACUAGAUGAUAUGUGGGCAUGCCAUGAGGAUGAAUGGAAAAAAAUGUUAGCUCCAUUUAGAAGAGGGGGAGGAAAAGGUAGUAUGGUAAUUGUGACCACUCGGAUUCGUGAGGUGGCAAAAAUGGUUAUCAAGACAGUUCACUGUCCAGUAAUAGAAAUGGAGCGCUUAGAGGGUGAAGAUUUCAUGCAUUUUUUUGAAGCUUGCAUAUUUGGUGGUCAGCAGCCAUGGGAAGGUCACACGGACAUACGUGAGGUUGGGGAAAAUAUAGUGAGCAAAUUGAAAGGGUUUCCUCUUGCAGCAAAAACUGUUGGAAGAUUACUAAGAAGCCAACUUACUUUGGAACACUGGACUAAAGUUCUAGAAAGCAAAGAAUGGGAACUUCAAACCAAUGAUGAUGACAUUAUGCCAGCAUUAAAGCUUAGCUAUGAUUAUCUUCCUUUCCAUCUGCAACAGUGCUUUUACUAUUGUGGUUUGUUUCCUGAAGACUAUGAAUUUGACAGUAAAGAGUUAGUUCACUUGUGGAUUGGACUAGAUAUUGUACAACCAUGCGACCUGACCAGAAGAAUUGAAGAUGUUGGCUUGAACUAUUUAAAUGACUUGGUUAAUCAUGGGUUUUUAAAAAAGAAUGAAAGAAAGGAUGGUUCUCCUUAUUAUGUUGUCCAUGACCUACUACAUAAUUUGGCAGUGAACAUUUCGUCAUUUGAAUGUCUCAGCAUAUGUAGUUCCAAUGUUAAGUCAAUACAGAUUCGCCAAGAUGUACGUCACCUGGUAGAUAACAAGGAGGUCGAGGACAUAAAUACUUUCAAGUAUUAUAAAGAUGACUUGAGUGUACUUGAUAAAAGAUUGAAUAUUGAAAACCUCCGUACUUUGAUGGUGUUUGGGGAACACAGUGGAAGCUUUGCCAAGACUUUUUGUGAUUUAUUUGAGAAAGCUAGAGCCCUUCGUGCUAUUUAUUUAUUUGGAGCAUCGUCAUAUGCUAUGAAGGACAUGUUGAAGAAGCUUCCAAAGCAUAUUCAUCUUCGUUACCUAAGGAUCAAAUCGACUGAUGGCACAGAAGAUGACACAGAAGACAGAGACUUUAAUCUUAGUGCUCUGACUAGACUUUAUCAUUUAGAGGUCAUAGAUAUGCAGGAAUUCAAAGGUCACUGUGGUUUCACUUUCACAAGACAUAUGAGCAACCUUGCAAAGUUGCGUCACUUUUUGGUGCCACAGGAUAAGCUUCAACUUCACUCUAACAUAGUUGAGGUGGGAAAACUGAAAUUAUUGCAAGAGUUAAGGUGGUUUGAAGUUGGAAGAGAGACUAAGGGUUUUGAACUAAGUCAGCUUGGUCAAUUGUCAGAACUUGGAGAAAAUGUAUUGGAGAUUCUUAUACCACCUAGUGCUCUUAAAGGCCUUUGCAUUAGAGGCCAUGGAGGUACUAAAUGCCCGCAAUGGCUUGGUGAGAACCUCUCUGUCAAAAAAUUGGAAUCGCUUCAUCUAUAUGGUGUAGCUUGGAAUAUAUUUCCACCUAUAGGAGAGUUCUCUCUAGUUAAUGAGCCACGUGAAGAAAUUUCGAAUAAUAAUAUCUGCCAUGAUAAGUUUCAAAAUUUGAAGAGACUGGAACUAGUUAUGCUACCAAGUUUAAGAAGCUGGAUUGUCAAGGCACCUUGUCAUCUGUUUGCUCAAUUGGAGGUGCUUGUCAUUAGGGAUUGCCGUGAACUAACGGAAUUGUCAUUUUCACAUUAUGCUUGCUGUCAGCAACAGAAAGAGGCAAAGAUAAAUUGGUUUCCUAGACUACGGGAGCUCAAAAUUAAAAAAUGUCCAAAAUUGUUGUCUUUUCCUCCUGUUCCUUGGACUAGGGCUCCAUGCUCAGCUGAGAUAGAAGGAGUUGGUUCAGACCUUGAGAAACUUGUUUGUAAAGAGAAUUACAAAUCUGAAUAUUGCUUGGAAAUUAAGAUGAAGGGUGCUCUGGUUAGUGAGUUAUGGAAUAUGUUGGCCUUUGAUAAUCUAAAUGAAGUAAAAGAGUUGAAGAUGGACACAUGCCCUCCUCUCCCACUGCAUCACUUCCAAAUGCUAUCAUCCCUAAAGAGCCUCAGGUUAUACGGAGCUUCAAGUAUUGUCUUUCCGUUGGUAGAAGGUGAGAGGCAUGCCGAAUAUCAAUCUCCAGCUGAAUGCAUAACCAUUAGUCCGUGGGAUGCUAGUGCGAAGGAGUUGACACAGCUACUGACUUAUUUCCCCAACCUCUCUAAACUGAAUGUGUGGUCGGGCAAGAAGAUUACAGGGCUAGCUGCAGUGGAGAAGCAGGCAACAGAAACACCUGCGCUGGUAUCUUCAGAUAAUAAAGUAGACGACGAUGUAGAAAUCGAGCAGCAGGAAGGCACAAGAGGAGACGAGGAAAUAGAUGCAUCAUCAGCAGAAGGGCUGCUGCUCUUGCCUUCCCAACUACAGAUGUUGUGGAUUGCCAACUGCCCAGAGCUGAGCCUCUGCUCAUGCUCCGGUCCAGCCGACUACAAGUACAACAAAGAAGCAGGACGAACUAGUACAGGAAGAGGGCUCCAAGGCGAGGGACUGCGGCAUCUCCUCGCCCAAGGUUGCCUCACCAAAUUAAGAGUCCUCGGAACCCCCAAUUUCUUCGCUGGUCCCGAGCCCCCGCUGCCCCAUGAACAAGAGUUCCCAUCCUCUUACUCCAAACUGCAAGUGCUUGAGACGGCUGACGUCGCGGGCGUCCUUGCCGCGCCCAUCUGUACCUUGCUCUCUCCCUCGCUCACCGAUUUGAGAUUUUGUUGGGACGAAGAGGUGGAUCGCUUCACAAAGGAGCAAGCGGACGCCCUUCGGCUCCUCACCUCUCUCGAGGAGAUCACAUUUUGUGGGUGCCACAAGCUGCAGGGCCUCCCUGCAGGGCUUCAAGGACUACGCAACCUCCAGAGAUUAAACAUCUGGAGUUGUUGGGCCAUCCGGUGGCUGCCCAAGGACUGCCUCCCAAGUUCACUACAAGAGUUGAAUAUAAGCGAUUGUCCAGCCAUCCAGUCUCUCCCCAAGGACUGCCUCCCAAGUUCACUACAAGAGUUGAAAAUAAGCCAUUGUCCAGCCAUCCAGUCUCUCCCCAAGGACUGCCUCCCAAGUUCACUGCAAAAAUUAGUGAUCGAAAGAUGCCCAGCCAUUCGAUCACUGCCCAAGGCGAAUGACCUACCAAGUCCACUCCGAGAAUUGGAUGUCCAGUAUAGCAAAAACGAGGAGCUAAGAAGGCAGUGCCGCAAGUUGAUUGGAAUCAUUCCAGUUGUCUACGCCUGA